UGUUAAACGUGUUGACGCGUAAAUAAUUGUGCAGGUCCAUAGAAAAUAUUUUUCGGACUUGUUUAAUGCUGGAUUAAAGCUCCGGACGUGCUCCCCGCCUCCAAAUUUUUGAGAAAAGGAGUGAUAGUGUCGAUGUCGACCGGUCCCACACUAAGUACCAGCACAUCGAUCCCCCAACUACCAGCUCAGCAACAACCUCCACAACCAAAACAACAGCCCCCAAUUCAACAGGUGUACCAUUCUGAUAACCCAGCAACUAUGCAACGGCAAGUAGAACAGGAACAACAUACUGCACAUCACCAGCUUCAGCAAUCAAACACGAAUACUUUGUCUGACCAGCCCAAUGCUACUUUGGCAAACAUAAAAGAAAAAACACCAAUAAGCUUGGUGAAUGAACUAGCAACAUACAACAGAGUCCAACACCAGUUACAGGCUGAUAGGGGAGCAGGGACCUGCACAUCAAAAAAUCUUCACAGUCACCCUGAAGUUAGGAAACGAGAAAUACGUAGCGAAAGGUCCUAGCAUCAAAGAUGCCCGACACUCUGCAGCUGCCCAGGCCCUGGAAAAGACCAAAUUCAAGUACCCUCCGCCGAAAACUGUCAGUAAUAGCCCUGGAACGCGGCCUUCUAAUCCUGGCGUCGUCACUUCAACAGGGUAUCUAACCCAGACAGGGUUCUAUACUCUACCCUAUAACAUGUACAAUGCCCAACAACAGCCACAACGUUUUCCGUACGAUGGCAGGCGCAACAAAAGGGGCCACUAUCCGCACCAUGACAACAGGUACUACGGUCAGUUCAGGCCCGUCGCUCCGCUUAAUCCUGGGGACCCAUACGCAGUUCCACUGAGAGUGAGUGAAAGAGAGUACCCUGGACAGGGAUACCCUGUGCAAGCUGCCUGGCAUGAUGCUGCCGCCAAGGCGAUCGACCAUAUCAAACUUGAACAAAACGAUGGAAGUCCAAGUUGCAGUGUAGACAGUACAGGCCAAAUGCAAAAUGAAGGCGAACCCUCUGCACCAGAGAACGUGUCUAGUGAUCUCACCACUGAUCUGAAAUCGCCAAUCUCUUUGCUCUACGAAAUAGCGAUUCAAAUGAACCUGAACGUUACAUUUGAAGUAAUAAGCGAACAGGGUCCACCGCAUAUGAAAGUGUUUGUAACUGAAUGUCGUGUGGGCAACUUUGUCGCUGAUGGUGAAGGCUACGGAAAGAAGAUAUCCAAGAAACGUGCUGCUGAAAAAAUGUUGGAAGAGCUCUCCAAACAGCCUCAUUUACUGGCUAUUAUGAAUAACGCUCAGCUUAAACCUGAACGAGAACUUAGCCAUAAGAAAACGAGAAAUCUCAUCAAGGAGAAUCAACAGGAAUACCAGGCGCCCCAGUGCAUUGGUGGCAGCGGAGGACGGCAGUUGGUGCCAGGCGUCUUGCCAGUCACUGAUCAGUCGUCCACAGGUUUCCAGAAGCAGAAAGACGUAGCUGGAGGAGACAAACCGAUUCAGGUUCAACAGCAGCAGAUCAAGGGACCACCUCCCAUUCAGGUGACUUUUGUGGAGGAGAAUCAACAGCAACACCAGGUGCCCCAGUGCAUUUGUGGCAGCGGAGGAUGGCAGUUGGUGCCAGGCGUCUUGCCAGUCACUGAUCAGUCGUCCACAGGUUUCCAGAAGCAGAAAGACGUAGCUGGAGGAGACAAACCGAUUCAGGUUCAACAGCAGCAGAUCAAGGGACCACCUCCCAUUCAGGUCACUUUUGUGGAGGAGAAUCAACAGGAACACCAGGCGCCCCAGUGCAUUGGUGGCAGCGGAGGACGGCAGUUGGUGCCAGGCGUCUUGCCAGUCACUGAUCAGUCGUCCACAGGUUUCCAGAAGCAGAAAGACGUAGCUGGAGGAGACAAACCGAUUCAGGUUCAACAUCAGCAGAUCAAGGGACCACCUCCCAUUCAGGUGACUUUUGUGGAGGAGAAUCAACAGCAACACCAGGUGCCCCAGUGCAUUUGUGGCAGCGGAGGAUGGCAGUUGGUGCCAGGCGUCUUGCCAGUCACUGAUCAGUCGUCCACAGGUUUCCAGAAGCAGAAAGACGUAGCUGGAGGAGACAAACCGAUUCAGGUUCAACAGCAGCAGAUCAAGGGACCACCUCCCAUUCAGGUCACUUUUGUGGAGGAGAAUCAACAGGAACACCAGGCGCCCCAGUGCAUUGGUGGCAGCGGAGGACGGCAGUUGGUGCCAGGCGUCUUGCCAGUCACUGAUCAGUCGUCCACAGGUUUCCAGAAGCAGAAAGACGUAGCUGGAGGAGACAAACCGAUUCAGGUUCAACAUCAGCAGAUCAAGGGACCACCUCCCAUUCAGGUUAGAUUUGUUUACUAUCCGAGCCGCUCUUGCUAG